AUGGCUUCCCGAGUACUCCUCCUCUCUCUAAUUCUCUUCUCCCUCUUCUCGCCCUCCUCUCCGCUCCCCUCUGAGACCAUCUUCGAUGCCGUCAAGAUCCUUGCCGACUCCGGCUACGUCUCCAUGUCCCUAACUCUUGAGGCCAUCUCCAAAAGUACUCUCCUCACGAACUCUACCUCUCUCACCAUCUUCGCUCCCUCCGACUCCGCCUUCAUUCACUCAGGCCAGCCAUCUCUCUCCCUCCUCCAAUACCACUUCUCUCCUCUCCUUUCGCCCCUCCAAACUCUCAGAUCGCUUCCCAAUGCAGCCAAGAUCCCGACAUUGUUUGCGGGUCACUCGCUCACUGUCACCACGUUCCCUUCCGAUGAUGGAAUUUCGUUAAACAACAUCAAGAUCACCCGGUCUCCCAUAUUUAAUCAGGGGUUCUUGGUUAUCUUCGGAAUCGACGAGUUCUUUCACCUGGAUUUUGAGGUUUCGGUGCCGGUAAAAAGCCCAGAGCCCAAUCUUGGAUGUGGGUUCCCAACGGCAAAUGAUACAAUCAGUUUUUCAGGGACUAGUUCGUUUGGCAAAGUGAGUGGGCUCUUGAGGUGCAGUGGGUACUCUGUAAUGGCUGAAUUUCUUAAUGGUUUCUGCUUUUUCUGGCUAAGUGAUAUCUUGAUGGCUUCUUGAGUAAUAUGGAAUUUCCUCAGUGCGGGAUCGAUGCUUGAUUACAAUCCUGUUCCCUUGCUCUGUUUAAGUGAUGUCAUUUGCUCUAACAAGUUAAACCCUUUGAAUGAGUUGAAACUUGGUAUAUUGCACUCAUGGGAGAGGUACUUCUGAUUUGAUGGUUACUUUCGGUCCUUGUUCAGAAUUGCCUUCUUAAUU